AUUUAAGCUGUAAUCCAACGUUCUACAUAAGUUCCAGUUCUUUCUGAUUCAGGGUUGCGUGUCAGUAAUGGAUUUGUUUGCUGCCUCCUCUUUGCCUUUGGGCGUCUAUUUGGUCCAUGUUCCAGCACGUCUUCAAAUAAUUACUGGCUGUACUCAGGGACCCAAGGAUCCUAUCUAAUGUCAGCUUCUUGUUUUCUAGUUUACAAGCUGUGUGCUGCAACGCAUUUUAAAACGGACACCUGCCGAUCAUUUAUUGACACUGUUCUUCACCUUUAAUUAUUGACCUCCAGCAGAAGUCGGGAGUGGCUUUUUGGCGACCUCAGGGUGCGCCCUGAACUGCGCUGCGCAAUCAGCGCAUAGGUGGGAUCUGGGACAAUUAGUGCGUAGCGCCGGAAGAGACAAAAGGAUCACAGGGAAGGUUUUUUGAUAGACGUUUUAACUGAUAGUUAUCAAACAUCAUGGCGAAGCGGGUCAGACCUGGCUUUUACCGACAGGAAAUAAACAACAGCAUCUGGGAAGUACCGGACCGGUACCGCGACCUGGUUCAGGUGGGGACCGGAGCGUACGGAACUGUGUGCUCGGCGCUGGACUCCAGAACAGGAACCAAAGUGGCCAUCAAGAAGCUCUAUAGACCUUUCCAGUCAGAGGUGUUCGCAAAGCGGGCCUUCAGGGAGCUGAAGCUUCUUAAACACAUGAAACACGAAAAUGUGAUUGGCCUUCUAGAUGUGUUUACUGCAGACCUUUCUAUGGACAGAUUCAAAGAUUUCUGUCUGGUGAUGCCGUUCAUGGGAACAGAUCUGGGGAGGCUGAUGAAGAAGACCAGACUAUCAGAAGAAAAAAUCCAGUAUUUGAUUUAUCAGACACUCAAAGGACUAAAGUAUAUUCAUUCUGCUGAUAUAAUUCACAGGGAUCUCAAACCAGGAAAUCUUGUCGUCAACCAAGACUGUGAGCUCAAGAUUUUGGACUUUGGUUUAGCUCGCCAGGCGGACACUGAGAUGACGGGGUAUGUGGUGACCCGCUGGUACAGAGCCCCGGAGGUCAUCCUCAACUGGAUGCACUACACACAGACUGUCGAUAUUUGGUCUGUGGGCUGCAUCAUGGCAGAGAUGUUGCAAGGAAAACCCCUUUUCAAAGGCAGUGACCACCUAGAUCAGCUGAAUCAGAUCAUGAAGGUCACAGGAACACCAAGUGAAGAAUUUAUAUCCAAACUAGACUCCCAGGACGCUAAAAGUUAUCUCCGAAGUCUCCAAAAAUUGGAAAAGAAAGAGCUUAAGACAUUGUUUCCCUCAGCCAGUCCCCAAGCCGUGUCUGUGCUGGAGCACAUGCUUCUGCUGGAUCCUGAGGAAAGAGUAACUGCUGUGGAGGCUCUCUCCCUGCCUUACUUUGCCAUAUUUAGAGAACCGGCAGAUGAGACUGAGGCUCAACCGUACGACAACUCGCAUGAAGACAAGGAGUUGACUUUGGACCAGUGGAAACGUUGUGCCUUCACAGAGAUCUUGGGCUUCCAGCGAGUUAUGUUGGAUGCAAAGGAAACACCACUUUAAAACUACGAGUAGACUGUACAGCUCAGGACCAAAACAAACCAACUUCGAACAAAGAAGACUUUUCGAUCAAUGAAUGUCCUACAAGCCUGCUGCAGAUGCAGUUUGUAAGGUUUUCUAAAGUAAUACAUGGAGCAUUAAAAUAUCUCUGAGCUUGCGACUCCUAUACAGCCCCAACUUAUCACUAUAGUCACCUUCACCUUUUAAGUGUUUUAGGGUUUUCAGAGGUUGUCUUCAGCUCAGUUUAGAGGAAAUCAAGGGUCUGUUUUAACCCGUUUAAGCUAUACCUCAUUUUCUUCACUGAAAAGGAAACGUUGGGACCUGAAUUUGGAGAAGAUGAUCAACAUGGCUCAUGAACCUUCAUUUUCAAGCAUUGCUUUUGGUUUCUGUGAUUCUUGAUGGUGGAGUUUAGCAAACAUUUUCAAAAAAAUUUGGUGGUAUUGGUUUUUUUUUUCUUUCUGCUCCCAUCUCAAAAGGUUACUUGUGAUUUUUUUUUUUUUUUAUCCGACAGCUCCAGCACAAACAUGUCCAGGUACUGCUGAACCAGAGCAAUGUGCACUGUACUUUGAAAAGCCCACAUAGCACACAUGUCCAACACUGAAGUGAAGGGAUUUGCAAAACCUUUUCAAAAUAAGGGUGAUUUGUAGCAGAUUUAAAAGUCGUACAGCAAAAAACACAAAAAAACAAGAUCUGUUUAACUAAUAUGGUUUUUGAUACUGACAAUAUGGUUCAUCACAAAGUGUGCCAUUCUGUGUUUUGAACCAAUGUGGACUUAAUUUUGAUUAAUAAACACAAAAAAGACCAUUUUAAAUUUGUUUUUGGCAUUAAAACCCCCUUAGAUUUAGACAAGUGUAAAGUGCACAAAAAAUCAUCUGGUGAAACUCGGACUAAAUUUGUUCAGUUAUUAUGGAUGUACUUAAAUAAAUUGGGAUUUGUGAAAUUUCUAAGGGAAAAGGGGAUUCUUAGUUAACAGAAAAAUAUUGUUGAAAUCAUUCUCAUAUUUCAUAUGUUUUGUUUCUUAAAACCUCUGAUGAGUUAUGCAAUAAGAAUGGUUUUUUUGUUUGCAGAAAGGGCUAUGUUUGAUUGUAUAUAGGGUUCAGGAGGAGGGGCCGCCCAGGGCACCAUCCCUGCAGAACGCAUCACUGCUAUUCAACUGUUUGACCACUUUAGGCACUAUACACCGAUACACUGUGAGUCAGUGAAACUCUUUUCUGUCAAGGCAAUCAUGGCAUUACAUUUAAACUGGGUUGCAUCAUUUCAGUGUUUACUUUCUGUUAUGUUUCUAUAAAGCUUUAUUUAAGGGUGGUCGAGCUGUAACAAUUUUGAGAAUCCAUUUGAAUAACCACAUUUGUUUAUUUAAUGUAAAGUUUUUUUUUUAGACCUUCAUAAUGAGAAAUGAUUCUUUUUGACUCAGUUGUUUGAUUGGAUUUGUUGAAACCUGCACAUUUGUGUCAGUUUGCACCAGCUCUGAUCCUGCAACUUCUCCCAGUGGCCUUAAAGAUAAAAACGCAAACACAAAUACUGCUGAGCGGAAUGAGUCUUCUCUCAGUUGGUUAUGGGCAAUAAUCCACCUUUUAAUAAAAAAUAAACUGUUUCUGAUUCUGCUGGUUUAUUUCAAACACAAAGUUACAAAAUGUCUGCAGAGAUUCGUGGAUAAAUGUAACAUCAAUCACUUUUUGUUCCAUAAUAAAAAUUCUGUCAAACACAUUUAGUGACACAACACUGAA